GUUCUGUGGAGAGUUCAGAAACAACUUCAAUUAUUAGCCGGCGCUCUCCUUCAGAAAUAUCUCAAGAAUAUUUAUUUCCUUCUCUUUUAGAAUCGACGUUAAUUACCAUAGAGCAUGCAUUUGAAAUUGCAUCCCAAAUUUUCCAACCACAAUACUAUGAUAGAAUUCCAUCAAAAUUUAAAUUACUUUUCAGAAAUCGCGGAGGGUUUGAUAGAAAGGUUUUUUUUGAUAAAUGCAGAAACAUAAAUGAUACAAUCAUCCUUCUAAAAGUCGAAGGAACGGGGGAAAUACUCGGAGGAUAUAAUCCUCUUAC